UAAAAUCAUUUAGAAUCUCAUUGGCCAGAAUAUUGUUGUCGGAAAAAAUUCACCAGCUUGACUCUUAUAAAUUAUAUGAGGCAUAACAGCUUUUAGACGAUUAGCAUGAAAUUCUGUUAGAGAUGAGAUUUGAGAGAAGUAAAACAAAUUUUUUUUUUAGGGGGGCACGUGCCCCCAGAGGCCCCCCUUAAAUCCUUCGUAUCAGCAUCCCCAUUGCCCUUUCUCAUCUAGAAACUCUCUCUGCUCCGUACGUAAAGCAACCAUCUUCCUCAUAAACGAGCUCUUAUAUCUUUAAUGGUUAUCCUCCCCUGAGUACCAGAAGCGUCUGCAAGCUACAAAGAUCUCACCUUUGCGAUAAAAAUCGCAUCUUUCAGUGUAUCGUGAUGGCGGAGCAGCUGAGCUCGUCAGAGCAGCGGAGCAGCAUAUCUUCCCCUUCCUCUUCCUCUCCCUCCUCUUCUCCCCCCUCGCCUCCGGCGAUCUCCGCCACAGCGGAUGGAAGCAAGAGAACACGCGAACAGAGCAAGCAUCCAGCAUACCAUGGAGUCCGAAUGCGAAACUGGGGAAAAUGGGUUUCAGAAAUCAGAGAGCCGAGGAAAAAGUCAAGGAUUUGGCUCGGGACCUUUCCCACCCCAGAAAUGGCGGCGCGCGCGCAUGACGUGGCGGCUUUGAGCAUCAAAGGAAGCGCCGCCAUUCUCAACUUCCCGGAACUAGCGGCAUCGCUUCCACGUCCGGCGACUCUCUGCCCCCGCGACGUGCAGGCCGCAGCUGCCAAGGCGGCUGCGAUGGAGCCUCCGAUGGAGGCUUCACCGCCGUCUCCAUACGAACUCGGGGAAAUCGUUGAGCUGCCUCGGCUGGUUGACUUAGUUUUCCAUGACACUGCGGUUGACUCUUGCCCCCUGUUUUGGGCAGAGAAAUCAGAGGACUCUGCUCUGUUUUCCGAUUCUGUUUGGCCUCCCAAUAAUUUUGAAGCUCUCUUAUGGAACUACUAAGCUUUCUCUCUCCCUCACUCUCUAUCUGUAAAGGAGUUUGAGAGAGAGAGAGGGAUUUCAAGAGUUAUGGGUUGCUUGGUUUUUUUUGAUUUGUGUUAAUUCUAUGCUGUUUGUGAAUUGUGAAUAUGAAUUUGGAUUUCUGUUCUCUGUAUUUUUCUUUCCUUUUUGAUCUUCUUAUUUUAUUUAUAAGAUGUGAAAAUGGAUGCGUUGCCUUUUAGAUUAUUCAUCCAUUAUAAGCAAAUUGUAAUUUUCAGGCCUUCUUA